UGCAUCCCUGCUAACUAAAUGUCAAAUUGUAGUUUUUGGUUUUUGGUAAUAAAUCUGGAAUUUUUUAUUGUGGCAUUUUUGGUUUUCCUAGAAAAAAUUCCAGACGGAAAAUUUUGAAAUACGCUGGUGUACGAAACAUUACCAGAACAAUGUCGAGAGAAAUGCAACUGUUCAAAGUAUGCAAAGGCGUUCUUACUGGGCUACAGGCACGUAACAUCCAUGUUACGCCCGCAGCAUUUGCUGCAGUAGCAGAAACCAAAAAAGCACCUCGCAAUAAGACAUUUGCAGUCUACAGAUGGAAUCCAGAUGAGCCUGACAAGAAGCCCUACAUGCAAGAAUACACUAUAGAUUUGAAUACUUGUGGACCUAUGGUCCUGGAUGCCCUAAUAAAAAUAAAAAACGAUGUCGACACGACCUUGACUUUCAGAAGAUCAUGCCGUGAAGGAAUAUGUGGUUCUUGUGCAAUGAAUAUUGGUGGUGUCAAUACUUUGGCAUGCAUAAGUAAAAUUGAUGCCUCAAGUGGAAAAGCAACAAAAAUUUAUCCCCUGCCUCAUAUGUAUGUUGUGAAAGAUCUAGUUCCAGAUAUGAAUAACUUCUACAGACAGUACAAAUCCAUCCAGCCUUGGUUACAGAGAAAGGACAGCAAGCAAAAGCAAACUGGUGGUGCUCUCCAGCAGGACAUCCAAAGUAUAGAGGAGAGGCAGAGGCUAGAUGGCCUCUAUGAAUGUAUUUUGUGUGCCUGCUGUUCCACUGCAUGCCCCAGUUACUGGUGGAAUGGGGAAAAAUACUUGGGACCUGCAGUGCUAAUGCAAGCCUACAGGUGGAUAAUUGAUCCAAAAGAUGCAGCAACAGCUCAGCGUCUUGAUAACUUAAGAGAUCCUUUCUCUGUUUAUCGUUGUCAUACAAUCAUGAAUUGCACCAAAACAUGUCCAAAGGGUCUUAAUCCUGGUAGGGCCAUAGCUGAGAUUAAAAAACUUUUGGGAGGAGUGGCUAAAAAGGAAGAGGCAAAAGCUGUAGCUUAA